AACGCAAGCAAAUGAACAUCACCAGUGCCCUGCCAACGCGAUAGUGAGGCUCCAUAACAUUCAAGCAAUUGAGCGCUCAACUUACUCUCUAUAAAAAAAAACUCUUUAUCUUUUGCGGUAAAACCCCUAAUAACAAGACAUGUAAUCAUUCCAUCAAAGACACUCUUAAUUAUGGAUUCUAGAACAGGAAGAAUUUCGACUCCAAUUCGUUCUCCUUCGGAAAAGGAUUCUAGAACAGUGAGUCGUGCGAGUGGUAUCGGCUCUCCGUUCGGGCUUCACAAGGCUGCGUUUAGCCCGCCAACUGGAGUUUUAAGGAGAGAUUCAACUGGUUCUUCGUCGCCUGAUGAAGAUCUGACCGUAGAGAACAUCGAAGAAGAAGAUUCGGGUUGGGACACGGACUUAGAAGUCGACGAGAGCAAAGAAGAGUAUGACGUAACAGGAAGGACAACAUAUAUUCAGGCUUGCAGAGAAGCAGGGGUUAUCCCUGUCUCUUACUUCUUACGUAACAUGCUGGAAGCAGAAGUCGAUAUCAAGCAUCAUGGUCUUGGUGCUAUGGGUUCAAAAGCAAUUGCUAUAGCACUUGUGUCAAACACUUCAGUCGUUAAGCUGAACUUGAGUGAUAAUUGGAUGGGACCAGAAGGUGCAAGUUAUGUUGCCGAGAUGCUAAGAGAAAACUGCUAUAUUACUGACCUGGACAUGUCAGAGAACAAACUUGGUGACCAUGGUUCAGAAUCAAUAGCUGAUGUCCUGCUGCACAACCCCAAUAUUCACAGACUGACUGCUAACGGCAAUGGCUUUGAUGAGAAAGCUGCCAAAAUUUUAGCUGAAGCAAUCAAGCUUAAUAACAGGUUAAAGUAUCUGUGUUUGAGUCACAACAAGUUUGGAGAAAAAGCUGGCCUUGAAUUAGCUCCUGCACUAGCUGCCAAUGAAACAAUAUCUGAGUUAAAUUUGAGCUGGAAUCAUCUUCGUAACAGGGGUGCUUGUGCCAUUGCUCUCUCACUCAAGGAAAACAUCACUCUAAAAAUCUUGAAUCUUGCUUGGAAUGGAUUUGGGAAUGAUGGAGCCCUAGCCAUGGGAGAGGCCUUAAAAGUCAAUGCAUCGCUGCUAGAACUAGACUUAACUAAUAACAGAAUCACUGCUGAGGGUGCUGUUCUCCUUGGCAAAGGUCUCACAAUAAACACCACUCUUCAGGUUCUAAAGAUUGGCAAGAACCCAAUGCAGAGUGCUGGUGCAUAUGCGAUCCUGAAUGCCAUGAAGAAUAACCCUGAGUCAGCCUUAGUAGAGGUCGAGCUUAGUGAUAUCACUGUAAAUAAUGAUUUUCUACAACUUUGUGGUGAGGUGAUUGCCGCAAGGCCUAAUGUCAAGAUCACCCAUGGUGGCUCUGGGGGGGCUCUUCACAAACCUAAGGGGCGUCCUGCCCCCAUGAAGAUCCUGAAGAACUACAUCUCUGAUAAUAGAAUGAGGCUGCUUGAUUUUUUUAAUACCCUGGAUAAAGACAAGAGUAUGAGUUUGACAAUCAAGGAGUUUGUUGAUGGUCUCAAGGAAACUGGAAUUGAUAUGAACUAUGUUGAGCUCUUCAACUUAAUCGAGACUUUGGAUAAGAAUAAAGAUGGCGAAAUAAAUUACAGUGAGCUCGUUAUGGGUUCUUUGGAGCAGAAUAUCGAAGACAGGAAAGACAAGCUGAAGGAGCAAGCGGCCGACGAGAGAAGGCGUAGGAUCCUGUCUCCUCUCCCACCCUCCCGCGGCUCCAAUAGAUAACCUUGGCAAAAUACCUGAAUUCUUUAAGAAGGUCGAUCACGCGCACAUUUUCAGUGCGAUGCCCGCUACCGUGACCACCAAGACAAGUUUUUAAGAAAUUUGGUUAAUUAGUAUGCGAGGUUUACUGUUUUGUUAUAGCUCGAAGGAUUCUAUCGUGUGUAAUGUGCAAGGGAGCAUUUUUUGCCACGAUGAUUGGCUAGUGACGUUGAUGCCAUUCAGAUAGCGCGUAUCUCGCAUCUUUAUUGGUUUACUUUACAAAAGUUAACUUUUUUUAAGUGGCCGCGGUAGCGUGCAUCACAUUGUAACGAUCCUGACUAAUUUUCAAGGUAGUCUAACUUCCAACGAGUUUAGAUACUUAAAUUCGAACAUCGUGAAAAAAUUAUUUGACUUUAAGUAAAUGUAAAAAAGGGGUGGCAGGGUCAUGUAUGUAAAAUUAGUAGAAAGUUAUAAAAUAGAAAUUGAUAUUUAGAUAGUAAGUUUUACAUUUUCAAAUUUGUAAGUAUUCAACUUUCCCGUGUGAAACAAACCAAUACAUCCCACAACUUAUUUUUAAUAAAAUUAUCAAACGCAUAUAAAUUAGCUGCUGUUCAUUCGAAACUCAACAACAGAUUACGGGGUAGAUUGCAGAAAAGGUAUUGAUCGAUGUUCUGGAGAUUGACCACCCGUGACUCAUAUGCCGAUGAACACGCUAUCUGCUCUCAUCAUUCGGGUUUGUCUGAGAGCUUUCACUUGCGCCUUUUAAAGGGAUUCUUGAAACCAUCACACGUCUUCCUCCACAGCGUUUGAUCACUGUGAUCCUCCCCGGACAACUGUAAAAUAAAAACUAUUUUAUUUUA